AUGCAUCUGACGACCGCAACACGCCCAGACAUAGCUUUUGCUGUGGGGUACGUAUCGCGUUUCAUGGAAAACCCCCAAGUCGAGCACUGGAUUGCAGUGAAGCGUAUCUUGCGCUAUCUGCAAGGGACCAAGUCACAUGGAAUUUGUUUCAAGCCUGGUGAAGAAGUUGAUUUUCGUGGAUACUCUGAUGCGGACUGGGCUGGAGACCAUUCCGACCGCAAGUCGACUUCGGGAUAUGCGUUUCUGUUGAUGAGCGCACCAAUCACGAUCCAAGAAGGCAAGUGGGUUCACCGACUGCUGAUCAAAAUUCUAGCAGCGUCAAACAAGUCGGCACCUGGACUGAAGAUUCUCGAAGACAACCAGUCCUGCAUCAAGAUGACGAAGAAUCCCGUCAACCAUGGUCGUGCAAAACACAUCGACAUCAAGUACCAUCACAUCCGUGAUGAAGUCAAGCGUGGUGAAGUGGAGCUUGAGCAUUGUGAGACUUCCAUCAUGCUCGCGGACAUCUUGACGAAGGCACUUCCGGGACCUCGUCACAAGGACUUGACGGCUGCACUCGGUAUUCAUGCGAGUUCGCAUUGA